UUUCCUUUUUCCUCCCUCUUCUUCCUUUUCCCCUCACUCUCUUUCCUUUUCCCCCCCUCACUCUCUUUCUUUUUCCCCCUCCCUCCUCCUCUCUUUCUGAACUUGCAAUACUAUGAGCUGCGGAAAACUGGGGAACCUUCUGGAAAACAAAACCACAUCAGAUCUCAUAGGAGUCACCGGAGGAGGCAAUUGGAGCUGAACCUUCAUAAUGGGGGAAAUGGGGCUGACCACCUACCCACCUAUGGCAGCUUCCCUAUCACCCAUAUGUCAUCCUGAGAUGUUGGGUGAAACUGGGCCGAAGCAUCUGGCCUUCAAAACCUCAAUAGAAAGCAGACAUUCUAUUUUAUAAUACAGUAUAAAUUUAUAAAGGAAAAAGUGAGGCUAUGUACAUGAUAAGGAAAGCGAGAGAUUGCACUAAAGAGCAUCCUGUAACGCCUUCCUGUGAUAAGUUAGCGUGAAAAGCAGUGCCCCAUAUGUGCCAGUGUUAGUACUGUAGUGACCAGGACAGGUCAGACUGCCUCAGACGGUACCCAGGACAGGUCAGACUGCCUCAUACGGUACCCAGGACAGGUCAGACUGCCUCAUACAGUACCCAGGACAGGUCAGACUGCCUCAUACGGUACCCAGGACAGGUCAGACUGCCUCAUACAGUACCCAGGACAGGUCAGACUUCCUCAGACGGUACCCAGGACAGGUCAGACUGCCUCAUACAGUACCCAGGACAGGUCAGACUGCCUCAGACGGUGCCCAGGACAGGUCAGACUGCCUCAGACGGUACCCAGGACAAGCCAGACUGCCUCAUACAGUACCCAGGACAGUCAGACUGCCUCGUACGGUACCCAGGACAGUCAGACUGCCUCGUACGGUACCCAGGACAGGUCAGACUGCCUCGUACGGUACCCAGGACAGGUCAGACUGCCUCGUACGGUACCCAGGACAGGUCAGACUGCCUCAUACAGUACCCAGGACAGGUCAGACUGCCUCAUACAGUACCCAGGACAGGUCAGACUGCCUCAGACGGUACCCAACGACAAGCCAGACUGCCUCAUACAGUACCCAGGACAGUCAGACUGCCUCGUACGGUACCCAGGACAGUCAGACUGCCUCGUACGGUACCCAGGACAGGUCAGACUGCCUCAUACGGUACCCAGGACAGGUCAGACUGCCUCAUACGGUACCCAGGACAGGUCAGACUGCCUCAUACGGUACUCAGGACAGGUUGGAUAGAAUGAAACUAAAUAAAUGCCUUGUGAUAAUCAGUGUUAAGUGGCCUGUAAUUGGUGAUUGGAUACCUAUAAUUGUGAAUGGGCAACCAGUAUACAGGAAUGGGCAGCCUGCAGUUGAUGAUGGGCGGCCUGUAACUAAUAACAUACAGGAUGUAAGUGGUGAUGGAAUACCUGUAUACUAUGAUGGGCAGCCGGCACACGAUGGUGAGCAGCCUGCACACGAUGGUGGGCAGCCUGCACACGAUGGUGGGCAGCCUGCACAUGAUGGUGGGCAGCCUGCACACGAUGGUGGGCAGCCUGCACACGAUGGUGGGCAGCCUGCACACGAUGGUGGGCAGCCUGCACACGAUGGUGGGCAGCCUGCACACGAUGGUGGGCAGCCUGCACACGAUGGUGGGCAGCCUGCACACGAUGGUGGCCAGCCUGCACAUGAUGGUGGGCAGCCUGCACAUGAUGGUGGGCAGCCUGCACACGAUGGUGGGCAGCCUGCACACGAUGGUGGGCAGCCUGCACACGAUGGUGGGCAGCCUGCACAUGAUGGUGGGCAGCCUGCACAUGAUGGUGGCCAGCCUGCACAUGAUGGUGGGCAGCCUGCACACGAUGGUGGGCAGCCUGCACACGAUGGUGGGCAGCCUGCACACGAUGGUGGGCAGCCUGCAUGUUGUGAUGGUCAGCUCACAAAGAAUCGUCAGCCUGCACGUACUGAAGGAAGACACUGGCAUUUGUACCUGGGAGUUGUACUGUUGUUUGGUAUGGCCGGAGCUGACCAGACAACCACUGAUGUUCACAACCUCUCCUCAGGAAGGAUGAACCCCGGAGACUGUAUAGUGCAUCAGCUGGUCCACACUGAAGCCUCCCCGAGGUACUACUUCAAGGAUGAGAUGCUCACCCUCAGCUUCCUUCCUCAAGCUCCCACCGAUCAAGUUCUCUCCGGGAUCAAUUUCACUGUUUACAAGAAUAACAGGGAAGCCAUUUUAACAGCGAUGGUUCCUGAACUGAAUUCCAGUGCAAUGGGCUGCUUCAGUAAUGGCAAGCUCUCUGAGUCAAUUACUGUGGAAAAAUUUGAAAAUUUAAAACAUUUUGAAUGGGUGCACAUUGACAUGUCUAUCAAGAAUAAAAGUUUAAUUAUUAAUGGAAAUUACACAGUGUGUCCAAGUACAGCAGUGGAGGAGCCAUUAUACAUGGUGGUGACAGUGACUCAGUCCAGAAGCCCCAUCAACUUGGUCACCAACUGUCAACACGCUUGCCCCGUGUUCCUGAACUCCAGCCUGGCUGCAUAUAACAAGAGUAUCAUCUCUGUCUCCAAACAAGUAUAUGUGGCGAACACUUCAGUGGAAGCCAUGGCCAACCUCAGCCUCGUUCAGUGCAUGCAUACCUGUGCUGGCAGCACUGUCAAGAACAUCACUGACAUAUCUAUGAAUGCUUCCAGUAUCAAUAGCUCCAAAUGGGAAGAGCUAAUCUUGAAGAAUGACAAUGCGACUCAUACACUGAGCAUAGGACACUUCGAAGAGAUGGUAAAGAAGGAGUUGAAAGAGGUGGAGCUGAGGCUGACGAGUGCUCGCUCUAUGGCCUGGACGGUGGGCUGUGACCCCAGGACCAAUGGCUCAACCUGGAACCUGUACAAACGGUUCAUAAACCAAAAGAUGAGUGAUAACAGUUCCUCGAAAAGCAUCUGGUGGAUCCUUCUUAUAGUCUUCUUGGUUAUCAUGAUCUUCCUGGGACUCUCAUAUUACCUCCUCAAGAUGAGUAAUGUGAGAAAACAGCGAAAGUCUGGGGCAAGAACCUCAGUCUCCUUCAGUGCCUUAACAACCAGCGAGAACAUCACCUGCACAGAGACACCAUCCUCGUCCGGAUGUUCACCAUCAACGCAGGUUCCCGAGAGGCGGCCCCCGCUGCCAUCCCCACCUGGAUGUUCACCACUAGCAGAGGUCCCACAGAGACGGCCCCCACAGCCAUCCCCACUUGAAUGUUCCCCACCACGGCCCCCAGGCGCUGAGGUCCCACAGAGACGGCCCCCACAGCCUCCACCAAUCACUGCUACCUUAGACUCUGAAUAUGCUGAGAUCAUCGAGGAAAACGAGGAAGAACACUUAUACAGUUAUGUCGAUUUGGAGGCUUUGAAGAAACAACUUGUUGAAGAAAAGAUGACAAAAAAACAAAAAGAAAGUAUGAAGAAUGAAGUGAAUAGGGCUAAUGAAGAGAAUGAGGAGGAGAGAGACACAAAAGACUUAAGUCGCCAUGAUUCAGAAAAUUCCUUAUAUAGGAUGUAG